CUAUUCAAUGGUUGAGAUUAUCAAGUCUAAUUUUUAAGUCCAUUUAACAUUACUCAAAAAUAAAUGUCUCUUGCCUUUCUCUCUCUUGUACUUAACCACCCUUAUUUGCUUCAUUUCAUACCCAGCAAUGGCUUCAACACUUGUGGAUCCCACUGAAGGAUUCAUCUCUCUCCCACUGAAAGAAUCAAAUUUCGAAAUCCAAAGGCCAUAUAACUUGCCAAUAGAUCAACGAUACAGCUUCAUUGAUGGGGUUCGCAAGUUGUGGGUUUAUAAGACUGAUAAGCCUCACAAGCCUACCAGUCCAACUCAUCCACGUACAGAGAUCCGCAUACGUGUAAGCACUGCAUAAUUUUUUUUUGUUUUCUUUUGGUUUUUCAACAAUCAGCCAAACUUGAUAUAUAUUAAUCACACGUAGCAUUGUUAAUGGGUCGUGUUGUUUUGUGUUUUUUUUUAUAUCCCAGCCAUAAAUCAUCGUAGUAUUCCUUGUUUCUGUACUGGACUAAUGGUGGACCUUGUACAUAAUUUGUAUAGUACAUCUAUGAG